ACUAAACUUCUAGUCUCCCCUGCCCUCUCUCUCUCUCUCUCUCUGUCUCUCUCUGAACUUACGUCUCCUCGUUGCCUCAAAGUCCGAACUUCUCCGGUGACUCUUCACGAUCUACAAAGCUGAUGGAUUCGGCGGAGAUAAACAAGAAAAAAGGCAAAGGCCGUAGGAAGAUAGAAAUAAAGCGCAUAGAAGAAGAACAGAAACGACAAGUCUGCUUCUCAAAGCGACGUCAAGGUCUGUUUAAAAAGGCCAGUGAGCUUUCCACUCUUUGUGGCGUUGAAGUCGCUGUCGUCGUUUUCUCUCCCGCCGGCAAGCCUUACUUCUUUGGCCAACCUUCAGUCGACCAUGUCCUUAACCACUUUCUAAAUGUUGUUCCAAAUCCAUCGAACCAAGAUCAACCAACUGGAGAAUCUUUUUGGUGGGAUAUUGACUUGCAUUCGAUGGGAGUUGAUGAGUUGAAACAAUAUGAAGAGAUUUUAGCAAAGCAACAAUCUGUAGUUACCGAAGCAGCGCAACAGUGCUAUUUGCAGGCUCCGGAGGGAGCGGCGAUGGAGCAGAUUGAAGCCUUGCCUUAUGCUUAUCCGGAAGUUGGAGAAGAUGACUAUUUUCUGUGCUGGCAGCAAGAUUAUGACUGCUUGGAUAUUGUUCCAAUUUAAAGCUUCUUUCUAUUUUUCCUACUUUUGUUCGGUUAAGCUGUGUUGUAAUUGUUUAGUGAAUUGUGAUAACUGUUUGUUGUCUUAGAUGUUUGUUUGUUUCACUACUUAGACGCAUAUGUACAUUAGAUCAUUGUUUGGAGGUAGUUAAUAAAAUCAAAAUGGU